UUCGGCUUUUCUAUACCACGGGUUAGUGAAAGGUGUCCGGUAAAAAAGCUUCGACUGAGCUUAGGGACAGAUCGAGACACAAUAGAAAAAAAAAAAAAAGAAAAAACUUAAGAAAUACGAAAUAAAGAACAUCAAGUGACUUAAAAGCAAACAGAAAAAACCUUCGAAGCUCAACCUUUCUCUUUAAUCAAAAUUAUUCCUCGUUAUUCUUUAGUUAUGAGUCAUGUGGCCGUCGAAAAUGCGCUCAGUCUAGACCAGCAGCUGGCUGGUCUAGACCUGAACUCUGCAGCAGAAGGACAGAGCGGAGGAGGGGCAGGCAGACGUUAUAUUCCACCUCAUUUAAGGAACAAAGAAGCUUCUAAGAAUGCAGGAGUUUCAUAUACUUCUGAUAGACCAAGUGGUUAUCCAUUAAGGAGCUUUUCUCCUAAACAGUACCAUCAUGCAAGGCACCUAGAGCGAAACUACAAACGUAACUCUAGACCUGCCACUGGACAUUCAAAUUGUAGGACUGGUUACUCAAGACACCCCUCUGAAGAGCUUGCCUUUUUUCAGAGCUACAGUGGUAGCUGGCCCAUCAGAAGUGCCUCUCCUGCCUUUACUGACAGCAGUGUCACAACAGAUGGAAAUGAUGACACAGCAAGUGUGCUGAGCUGGGCAGAACGCUGUGAUUCUCCUGGCUGGGACAGUGGACGUGGAAGUAAUGGCUUUAUGAAUGGAUUCCAUGAUGGCAGAGAUGUCCGGAUGAAUGGUGGUGACCGCAACGCUUUUGGAGGAAGAGGAGGAUCCUCGCGAGGUGACAGAGGUGGGCGUGGAGGGUAUCGUGGCAACAGAGGUGGUGGCUCCUUUAACCAGCCGCAGCCAGUUCAGACCACAGGUUUUGGUUAUGAUAAAGACAAUGGCUGGAACACUUCCAAAGAACAAAGGGACCCCUACACCAGCUUUGGUGGUCGCAACGAUAGAGGGAAGUCAUCCUUUUUUAAUGACAGAGGAAGUUCAAGGUCACGAUAUGAACGUGGAGGAUUUGGCUCCCGAGAAGGUGGUGGAAAUAGCCGGUGGAUUGAAGAUAACUCUCGAGAUGAUGAUGAUUGGUCCAAGCCCCUCUCGCCUAAUGACCGCCUUGAGCAAGAGCUUUUCUCUGGAAGUAACACAGGAAUUAAUUUUGAGAAAUAUGAUGACAUUCCCGUUGAAGCCACUGGUUCAAGUUGCCCUCCUCAUAUAGAAAGUUUCCAGGAUUUAGAUAUGGGCGAAAUCAUAAUGGGUAACAUAACUCUGAGCCGUUAUACCCGCCCUACACCUGUUCAGAAACAUGCAAUUCCAAUCAUUAAAUCCAAGAGGGACUUAAUGGCAUGUGCACAAACAGGUUCUGGAAAAACUGCUGCAUUUUUACUUCCAGUUCUAAGUCAGAUAUAUACUGAGGGACCUGGAGAGGCUUUGAAAACUUUAAAAGCAAACUCUCAGGAAAAUGGAAAAUACGGCCGUCGUAAGCAGUAUCCCAUCUCUUUAAUAUUGGCCCCAACUAGAGAACUGGCUUUACAGAUCUAUGAUGAAGCUAGAAAGUUCUCAUACCGUUCUAGAGUACGUCCUUGUGUGGUCUAUGGAGGAGCAGACAUUGGACAGCAGAUUAGAGAUUUGGAACGUGGCUGUCAUCUCCUGGUGGCAACUCCAGGUCGCCUUGUGGAUAUGAUGGAAAGGGGAAAGAUUGGCCUGGACUAUUGUCACUACCUGGUUUUGGAUGAAGCUGAUAGAAUGCUUGAUAUGGGCUUUGAACCUCAAAUUCGUCGCAUUGUUGAACAAGACACUAUGCCUCGUAAGGGAGUACGACGUACCAUGAUGUUCAGUGCCACUUUUCCUAAAGAGAUCCAGAUUCUUGCUCGAGACUUCUUGGAUGAAUAUAUCUUUUUGGCUGUUGGACGUGUUGGUUCUACCUCUGAGAACAUCACACAGAAAGUUGUAUGGGUUGAAGAAAGUGAUAAGCGCUCUUUUCUUCUUGAUCUGCUUAAUGCUACAGGCAAGGAUUCUCUCACCCUGGUGUUUGUGGAAACAAAGAAGGGUGCAGAUGCUCUUGAAGACUUUUUGUAUCGGGAAGGAUAUGCAUGCACCAGUAUUCAUGGGGACCGAUCACAGAGAGACAGAGAAGAAGCUCUUCACCAGUUUCGCUCAGGAAGGUGUCCAAUCUUAGUGGCGACAGCUGUUGCAGCACGUGGCCUGGACAUAUGCAAUGUGAAACAUGUUAUUAACUUUGAUUUACCAAGUGACAUUGAAGAAUAUGUUCAUCGAAUUGGCCGUACUGGUCGCGUAGGAAACCUUGGUUUGGCAACCUCAUUUUUCAAUGAGAAAAACAGCAAUAUUACCAAGGACUUGCUUGACAUUUUGGUGGAGGCCAAGCAAGAGGUUCCUUCAUGGCUUGAAAAUCUUGCUUAUGAGCAGCAGCACAAGAGUAGCAGUCGUGGCCGUUCAAAGAGGUUUUCUGGAGGUUUUGGUGCCAGAGAUUAUAGGCAGACAAGUAACAGCAGUAACAGCUUUAGCAGUCGCGGAAGUCGUCAAAAUGGAGGCCAUGGUGGGAACAGAGGAUAUGGUGGUGGCUUUAGUAAUUUUUACAGCAGUGAUGGAUAUGGAGGAAACUACAACUCUCAAGUUGACUGGUGGGGAAACUGAAGACCCUCCAACAGUGGAAGUCACCAUGCCAAACUAGCUAAAUGGAAACCACAUGUAACUAAGCCAGACUAUACCUUGUGUAGCUUCAAGAACUCGCAGUACAUUACCAGCUGUGAUUCUCUGAAAACAUUUUUAAAGGGAGCUUAAAAGUAAUCGAAGAUGGCCUGCAAGACAACCAGAGCAUCACCUUUUUUAGAUGUCAAGAUAUGGCUGCUGACUCAAAUGCCUAUAGAAUCUUGGACUUUAGAGUUUAACUGCACUUCAUUUAUUUCUUUGUAAACAUGAGGAUCAUUUGUUUGUUAAUGUACUGUGCCUUUAACUUUAGAAAUGAGUUUACUUUUAAUGUCAUGCUGGCCCAAAUUGGCCAAGAUAUCUAUUGUUUUUGUAAGGCAUAAAGCUUGGACUAAAUCAAACCUUGGCAAAUACUGGGAUGAUGUGACUUGAAGUCAUUGUUGUUCCAUUUGAAUUUCAAAUUCUCACAGGGACAGUUAUCAGGUUGCCUAUAUUUUAAAGGCUUUAGCACAAGCAGCUUGUAAUAACAUCACAGGAGUGUUUGAUUAAAUACAAUUAUUCCUUGUAUGGCAAAACCAUUUAAGGGAUUGAGAGUUCUGAUUUUGCUCACUCUAUCCUGGAUAGGUACCUAUUUAGGGAAAUGGUAGUCUUCAGAAAGCCAUUCCAGUUGCAGUGAUCUUAAUACAUCAAAAUAAUGGUUUUAGAUGGACACACAAAUGCUGGAAUAUAUUUCUCCACUUGUAAUUGACUUGACAGUGUUAAGGCAGCUAGUUAGAUACCACAAGCUAGCCAUAAAGUGGGGCAGUAUUUUUCCUUUUUUUUUUUUUCCCUCUUUUCUGGUUUGCUUUUGUCCUUUCUGGAUCAUUUUAAGGGGUAAUUUAAAGACUUGAUUUUUUUUUUUUUUUUUAAACCAGUUUCUAAACUUCUCAUAAGUUCUUAAUUACAAAAUGCCUGCCAUAUUGAUGAAAAUAGACGAAUGGCUAUAAGGACCACAACACCGAAGCAGCCCUGCAGAAUGUCUUGGCUGGUUUGGUCUUAUACGCAUGCUAGUGUUGAUGUUUUUUGGUCAAGGGGGGAAAAGGGUGAAUUCUGCAGCAGGCUUUAUUUUAUUACAGACAUAAACAUUUUCUCUUUUUAAGCUGCGUCAAGUUCCAACAGACAUCCUCAGCUUAUGUAGAUUCUAAAAAAAACGACUCAUAAGAUGGGAUUUAAGCUGCGAUUAGAGAUAGCAGGUCAAGUAUGUACUGACUGCACCAGGGGUUGCAUGAAGCUUUCAAGAGUGCAGUUGGUGCACCAGUUUUAGUUUCAUAGGUUUCCAUUGCAUGAACUGGCUGUGUAUUCCACUUAAUCUGGCAACAUACGGAAUUAUGUUUCCUCCUGAUGGUACAUUAAUGCUGUAAACACUCUGGCACGUUAAACUGCCUUGAGGAGUAUUUAAAAUCCUUAGCCAGGAUGCCAGCAUUUAAUCUUUCUCUUGAAGAAAGGUAGCUUGAGGAGUUAUGGCAUUUAACUUUUAAGUGCAAUAGAUUUAUUCUCAAAUGUGUUGUGCCUUGUUCUGAAACUUUGAAGCGGAUGCACUGACAGUAUUGAGGUAACUUGAGAUGAAUGGUGCUAUUUAGGUUUAGGCCCUUCUAUGUUGUGUCCAUCACGUUUUACAAAAAAGAUUUUAUUGCACAUCUAGAGUUUUAUAUAAAUGUCAUGUGUGCGUGUCCUUAAGCUUCCAAAUAUUGUGUGGGAAGAUAGUGAAACGCAGCUUGUUUACAAAGUGGCUGGGGCUUGAUACUUAACCAGGAUUUAUUUGGGACCAGGGGGAUUAGCAGUUGGGAAUUUAGCUAUUUGCACACAGAUUUCUAGAUUCUACUUUUUUGCUGCUAGUUUUGUGUAAUUUAUUAAGCAUUUUUUGAGAAAUAUUUAUUUUUAUAAGCCUAAGUGAUUCUUUGAAAGUUCAAGAAACUUGACCAAAAGACAAUAAAAAAACACUGGCACUUGAAUGUUGAAUGUCACCCGUAUGCGUGAAAUAUAUAUAUUUCGGGGUAGUGUGAGCUUUUUAAUGUUUAAAGUCAAAUUGGACUCAAAAGUCAAAAAUCCACACCUGUUAAUGGUCUUUUUAUAGGCCAAAAUCUUUCUGUAGAAUAUACCAAAUUGGCAAACAAAAUUUAAAGAAAAAAAGCCAAGGUUUGGGUAAAAGUUAUCAAAGUAAAAGAAAAUGUUUCUUAGAUGUUUAUCAGCUUGGUGUCCAGAUUCUCCAGUUGUAUGUUUUUGUUGUUGUUUUUUUUUUUUUUUUUUUGUUUUUUUUCUUUCCUUUUUUGGUGUCUUUUGUAUGUGAAUGUCUGGCACAUGGAAAUCUUAACAUGUGGUUAUUCUCUUUAUUGUUGCAUUUGCUGUCAGGUGCACUGGUGUCUUUCAAAGCAUAUAGUAAGUUCUCAACUUCAGCAAUAAGUCUUACAUAUUAUGGUUUGUGAUAGAAUUGAGGCAUUUUGAGAGAAUGAACAUGCUUUCUGACUUACUAUGUGCUUCAAAUGAACACCAGACCACCAUGCGUUUAGUAUUUGCUUUAUGUAAUAGGUUAGAAAAGCAUUGCACUGCAUGAGAGAACUCAGCUGUGCAUUUAUUGUAUGAUUUUAUCAAAAAAUAAAUACUCAAACUGCAA